AGCAUCCAUUCAUCCCUAGCCUUCUCCUUUCCCCACCCCCUUCAUCAAUCCUAGUUGAUGAUGUGUGUAUAAGUGUGUGCAAAUAUUUAAAUAUUAAUGAGCAACAGUAUACCGUAAGUAUAUAAAAUAAUAUACUUUCUGUUUUGGGGAAAAAAGGCAUGCAUACUCCGGAGAGAUUGAAGCAGGAAUUUUGUAUGUUUUCUCUAAUGUUUUAGAAUUGGAAUAGUCAGAUUUUUUAUAUACAACGCCAUUCAGAAGAUUGGGGUCAGUCAUUUCUUAAUGCAUAUAAUUGAUCAAGUGACAGUAAAGACUUUUACAUUGAUACAAAAGAUUUGGUUUUAAAUAAAUAUGAAUGAUAUUAUAAGUAAGUAAUAAUAUUAAGCAUUCUAUUAAAUUUAAAAUAACGCUGUUCUUUUGAACUUCCUAUUCAUCAAAGAAUCCAGGGGGAAAUGUGUUAUGAAACACACCUGUAUUCAACAUUGAUUAUAAUAAGAAAUGUUAAUAUUUCUUAUUUCCUUAAUUUCUCAUAAGAAAUAUUUAUCACUAGAUGCAGUCUUGUAGAGCAUAAUAGACUGCUUUCAAAAAUGUCAUUAAAAAAACGUACUGACCCCAAACAGAUCUGAUGAAUAGUUGUGUAUUAAAAAAUAAAUCAAUAAAUAAAUCAAAAAUAAACCCAAAAAUUCCCAAAAUAACCAAGGAAGGAAAGAAAUAAGAGACCUAGACAUAAAACCAUUAAGUUGCUUUUUGUUUGUUUGUAUUUUCAUUGCUGUCAAAAGUUUGCAUAAUCAUCAUUCUGUAUAACACACAGAAUUAUGCAUAGGUCUAUGGCUUGUAGUGACAUUCCAGUCAUAAACAUUUUUAAUGCAUUAGUUGAUUAUGUCAUAUGAAGAGGUAUGGGAUGUAUCAAAAAUGUGAGUGUCCUAAUACUUGAAUACUUGAGUGAGUGAGUGAGUGAGUGAGUGAGGUGAUGAGUGAGUGAGUGGUGAUGGAGUAUGUUGUUCUCUGGUAAAUAUCAAAACAAAUCUGCUGAAGGCAGCUAAGUCACAAUCAUGCACAAUGUUUGUUGGGAAUUGUUUAUUGCAGUAAAUUAACAGAGAAGUAUAAAACUUUUGAAUACUGAUAUAAAGAAAAUAUUUUUUUCUGUAUAAAAUGGUUUAUGAAGAUGCAUAUUCAUCAGACAUUUAUUUUUAUUAGUUUUUAUUUAUUUAUUUCAGACUGUUGUUUGAUCCUGAUAUAUAUUCUGUCAUUCUGUCAGAAUUAUACUGUUAUUAUGUCAGUGAAGAACGUAUUGAAAGAUAAGCAAAUGCCUCAUAAUUAGAUGAAAUUCAAAAGUGUAUGUAGAAAGCAUACUUUUCCAUAUUGACUACAACUAUAGGUUCAGUUACAGUUUUAUUUUCUAUUACGGAUUUAUUUAUUUAUUUAUUUAUUUAACCAGCUAUGGUAAACCUGUGGUGUUAACUGUGAAAGUGCACAAUUUAAGAAUAAAGUGACAAGAUCAUUGAAAAGUGCAUCCUUCAAUCUACCUACUUUAUUAUUUAUCUUAUGGCAGGUUCGAGGUUCAAUAAAAUAUUUACAUUUAAUUGUUAUACAUUUUUAUCCAAAGUGGCUUAAAAAAUAGGAAAACUUGAAGUGUUUGUUCAAGAGCCUACAUGAGCAUGUCGAUUAUCCACAGAAAAUAUUUCUUAAAACCUUGAGGGAGAGAGAGUUAUGCUAUUGCAAUACCAGUUUUAAACACCAGGGGAAUCAUUAGUGCUGGGAUAUGUGUCCAGACUCACCACAGUGUUCAUAAAGAUGCAAAGGCUUGCAGCCUUAAGAUUUCAGAAAAACAAAAAAAAAACACAAUAUGAUGGGAUGAUAUUUUUUUUUAGCAAUUGCUAGAUUAUUCAGAGCAAAUUCCCACAGGCACACUGCAUUAGUGUGAAGUCAUUUAUUGGCACUGAACCUGCAACAACUGGGCUAACAGCACAAUAAUUAGGCUACUUUAUCCCACAACUCAUGAAAAAGAAAGCAUUUCUAGGUUGUAUUUAAAUUGCUUAGUUUUGGACGCAGACCAGGACAAUACAAUGUACUCUCUAAAGCUCUUAAAAUUAUAGAAAGGACAAAAUGUGUUUAGGAGAACUUGACACUGUGAACAUCUAAAGAGACCAUUUUAUUCAACAGUGUCACAUGGAGAUGACUGUAACCUGGUUGUAGGCAAAGGGAGAGAGAGAUUUCAAUGGAAGAAUGGAAUGAGGCAGAAUCGAAGGAACAGAUGGACUUGGGUGGAUUACGUGAAAUCUGGGAGGGGUUGUUAUAAACAUUUGCUCGAGUUUGAGAAUGAAUAAAAGAAAAUACACAGUAAGAGAGUGAGAGUGAGGUUAUAAAAGUGAAACAGAGGUGAAGUGUCUCUACGGCUGAAGGUGUCUGGGGGACUCAGGACAGACCAGGACAGACAGAUGUACCUUUCUCCCAAAGAUUAACAGAGAUCAUGAAGGAUUACAAAGAAAUAGAUGUUGGUGAUUAAGACUAUAAAAUAGUCUUAACAAAAAUAGCAAAAUAAAAAUGAAAAAGAACAAGGUUUUUCUUGAUAGAAUGCAUGUCUUGAGACCAAUUUCAUCUCUGUUCUGAGCUAAAGAACAUACAUCUGAGAGACGCUUCUGAAUAUUCAGCAUGAACAUUUGUGAUCGUCAGACUCAUCUCCGUUGACUUUGAGGACGUAUUAGUCACACUUGUUGGUUGUAGACCAAGGAAACAUGUUUAACACCUUCUGAGCCAUUUCUGCAUUUCAAAAACUACAAGGAAACCUAAGUAUCAGGUUCUGUCUGUAUCAUUCCGGCAUGUUGGAGCAUUUGUCCCGCAGGAAUCGGUCGCUGUUGUCUCUCUCGCUGACCUCUCUAGCCCUAACGCUCUCUGUCUUGGCCUUCUGUACCUCAUACUGGUGUGAAGGCACACACAAAGUGGUCAAACCUCUCUGUCUGUCGCCUGUCAAAAUGAAGAACUGCGGACAGAACAACAGCCAGCCUUAUACAACUGAGGUCCCAACAGCAGACCCCAAGAAGCCGGACUCCAAUGUGACAGUGUCCCCAAAGCAGAAGGAGGAACUGGCCCGUAUGAGAGCCAGAAAUCUGGCAAAUGCAGUUCACUACAUCUGGGAGACGGGUGAAGACAAAUACAUGCUGCGCUACUUUCACACUGGCUUCUGGUUGUCCUGUGAGAAACACAAUGACGGUGACGGAGAGAAAUGCCGGAGCUUCAUUGAACUAACCCCUGGAGAAACACAAGGAGUUCUGUGGCUCUCAGUGAUAUCAGAGUUUGCGUACAUCAGCCUCCUGGCAAUGGGUUUUCUUCUGAUGUGGGUGGAAUUGCUGCUCUUGUGUCUGAAUAAGGACAUGCAUGCGCUCAAGAUCAAUGCUUAUGCUGCCAUCUGCACUGUGCUGUCUGGUAUGAUGGGAAUGGUGGCACAUAUGAUGUAUACAACAGUAUUCCAGAUGACUGUCAGCAUUGGGCCCAAAGACUGGAGACCUCAGACAUGGGACUACGGCUGGUCAUUUGCCAUGGCGUGGAUCUCCUUCAGCUGUUGCAUGGCAGCAGCUGUAUUCACCCUGAACUCUUACACCAAAACUCUGAUUGAGAUGAAGCACCGUGCCCGCAUCCGUCAGGAGGAGGCCCGUGCUGCCCGCCAUGCGCCGCCCUAUGAUGAGGUCAUCACAACCGGCGGUGGGAGCCUCUACUCCAUCAGCCGACUGGUUCAGCAAUGCCAGAAGGGCGCGUUAAUCGACACCACAUGGAGCUGCAGGGAGGAAGUGUCUGGAGGGGGUAUGGUGGGGGCAAAAAGUCCUCAUGGACUGGUGGUGGAGGGGUGUGGGAGAGAGGGAUGCCAGGACUGUGAGAGAGAAAUAAAUGAAGUGGAAGAUGCAUUAGAGAGGGAAGGGAAUGAUGAAAUGUGCCUGUAGUUAGUCCUUCAUCGUCAGCAGCAUUAGCCGCAUUAGUGACCAUGUUUACAUGCAUAUAAUUUUAUCAUUUUGAUCCAUAUUUUAGUUAGGUCCUUCAAAAAGACAUUUUAAAGACAUUUACAUACUCCGCAUCUGUCAAAAUAUUCCUGUAUUCAUGUAAUCAGCAUACUAGACGUGAUCUUGUCUUUUAUUCUGAGUAACUUUAGACUGUAGUUUUAUCAUUAAAGGGGUUAUUUCACCACCGGAGCAGAUGUAGACAAGAAUGACUCUUAAGAGAUUGAGGUGUUUUGUUGUUGGAUGUGAUAGUGAACAUAGCAGUCGUCAUUUACUCCUGACAUCUGAUCCGCUGAAGACGCAGUGGAUUACAUUUGUUUCUGAAGGGAAUGAGCCCCUGAUCUACCUAAAUGUGUUCUUCUUCGCAUGAAUCAUUUGUGAUCCAGUUUCACCUACAGAACAAAUGAAUAUAAUGUUUUUUAAUGGAUCUUAAAUCGCCGUUCCCAAUAAUGCGCUAAUUAGCAAGUUCAUGAUGAUUGUGGCUGAAGUAAACAGUCCCUCAUAGAGCAGCUCAGAAGAGAGGGGCGGGGUCAGCAGAGCUCAUUAACAUUUAAAGGAAAAUGCAU